GUAUUCAAGUUAGGGAUGCGAUAUAAAUGAUAUAUUAAACGUAUUUAAGUAUAUUUACAUGUUAUAUGUGGUUUAUAUGGAGAGUGUUUGCAGGAAGCGCACGGUAUAACCAACAGCAGCUAGUGUGUGUAUCUAGGGAUAUGUAAUAAUUCUUUUAAACAAAUAUGUAGACUAUUCCAGGUGAUUUGAAGUAAUGAUACACAUAUCAUUACCGAUGAUGUAAUAUCCUUCCAUUGUUUUUUCGAAACAAAGAUUCAAGAUGGGUUAUAUUGGCCGGCGUACAUUACAUGUGCCAUGGAAUGUAUCUAGGCUUCACCUAGGUAACUACUAUCCAUACAAGGAAAUAUGUGCAUACUAUACGAACGCUAAAUCGGGAAAGCAGCAUACAAUAGGAGAUGCCUUGGCCUAUUGGAAUCCACUAACAGGUGUUUCGUUUGUAUCGUUGCAAUGUCGUUCUUAUUCGGCAACCGGGCCCGCAUUCAGCAAUGAUGAAGGCAUUUGCAUAGAUUCGGUAAGAGAUGUUACGGGAAAUGCAUUAUGUAGCAAAUUGUCAACGUUAUCGAGCAAACCAAUGCCUAGCGAUAAUUUAAAUGGGAUAUUACACCCAAAUAUCGAAACAGCAAAUCCCGAAUCUGAACGGGAAGAAUCGCACUCUUGCGCUGCGGAUGCAGCUUUUCAAUUGCAAGAAGGAGAAACUAUAGACUGGAAUAACAAGCAAUUGUGCAGGCUGUCGCAUAGGAACUUGCUUCUAUACCUGUAUAAUAAUGUUGACAUGGCUACUGUGGUAAAAAUUACCAAUCAAGUAUUGGCACCCUAUCAAACACUUCCUAAAAGGAAAAAGGCAUCGCAGCGACGUCAAUAUUUACAAAAGUUUUUGAGAUGUAUCAGAAAACACCAACCCUUGGAGGACCACGUGCAACUGGGCAAGUGGAUGAUUAGAUCUAUAGAUCUUCUUACAUGCGACGAUCUUUAUUCAAUGUUACGCGUCAGACACAUACUGAAUUAUGACAACUCAUUUGAAACAUUCCGUGCUUCAUUUGGGAUGGAAAACUUUGAAACCUUUUCAAACGUAAGGUCAAAUAAAGUCCUCCAGGAAAAAAUAAUUGGAGAACAGGCAAUCAAAAGCCGUACCGCGCAACGUAAUUUGCUGAUGCGUCACUUAAAAAUCAACAAAUUCAGGUUCUUGAAAGAUCAAAAUGUAACAAAAGCGGUAUACGAAGCUAACAUCGAAUGGUCUGAUAAUACAGUGGAAAUGUCGCCCUUGAAUGCAGAAAACUAUGCAUUUAUAUACAAUCUACCUUUUAUAGACGAAGAGGAACUGAAUCAGGCUCUAUCUGAUGUCUUGAGCAGAUUCGCUAAAGUGAAAAAAAUUGAAAUCUUAUUUGAUAGGUUGCCUCCACUAACAAGCUUCGUAAAACGUGCAUCAAUACCACGUCACGUAGCACCGCCACCAAGAGAUAAAUACUCCCCGUUAUACGCGCUCGUUGAGUUCGAAAGUAAAGAGGGGAGAGACUACCUUUGUGAUGAACACAUCAGAGUCUUUGGACUGUUGUGCUGCGGGAGGGUCGUUUAUCCGGAAUUGGCUGAAAGAAAAUGCAGCCUAUUAACCGCGAUAUAUCCACCCUUUAAAAGAAUGGAGCUUGCCUUACAAUUUGUGGCUAAUACACUAGUGGAACAAACAAAUGUCGAAGUGAAUAGCGGCACUAAUACGAUAAAGACAAUCCAACCAAUGGACAUUUUUAAAGUAACAAACGAAGUGGAAUCACUUGGCACUAACAGUCUAGUAGGAGAUUGUAAAAAAGGAAUGGUCAUGCCUGAUGGCGAUAUCGCCUACACGAAUACAUUACUUUGUAGCACUGGUCUAUUGCCAACAGGUGAGGCGCCUCGACCACCAAGUGAAUGCAAAAUUAUGGCAUCAUAUAAGCGUAAAAGAAUCUCAUCUGGUAACAAUACAGUUGUGACUGCGAACACAUACACAGCAUCGAUCACAACUGAUUGGCCCAGCAUAACACAAGUAAAUCUUGACAACCACGUGGAUCCCUCUAUGUUGGAUCAGCUUGCAAAUAAAUCUAGAAUGCAUGGACGAAUGGACCCGCAAUGGAUAGUCCUACGUUUUCCUACAUUCAAACACGCAUAUUUUGCACGUAAAAGGUUGAUGCUGAAAUUUGUUGAUGAACCCAGGAGCAUCGUCUCAUUCGACACUAAAAGGUCUAUAUUCCACAACGGGAAAUAUGUAGAUCUUCCGCUAUUACAAUACAGCAAUAGGACUGUCAAUGACCCAUCGAUUACUAGAAUAACGCAGCAUGGUCCAGCUAAUGAAAUUAAUCUGGGUGCUGUAAUAGAUAUUGUGCCUUGAUUCUUCAUGUGUGGGUAGAAU